GAGUCGGCCAGGGACCACGGGACGAUCGAUGUGAAAAUGUCGCACGGCAAUUUGCUGCAAGGAUACAACUGGGAAACUCAGUACGACGAUCCGCAAGUGCAAUUUUCUCGUCCCAUUCCGGACGAAGUUAUCAGCGUUUACGAGGUUUACGUAAAGGAGGACGCGGGUCCGGAACCGAGGAACGGUGACAUGUCGGGCGUUUCGGGAUCAUCUGUCGCCAAUCACCAAUUGGCCCACCAAGUAAUCAAUCGCUACAAUAGUUUUAGCAAUGAGAGUAGUAAUUUACUAUCGAGUGAAAUUACUAUCAAGGAGGAGUGCGUGGACCUGGAUGCGGCUAUAGAUUCCGAGGUGAUCAAUAUCGACAGCGCCGUCUCGAAGCUCGUCGGCGGCAAGGACGCGUUACGGUACAAAAUCUUCGAGCAAAGCGUGAGCGCGCCAGACAAGAAUGUGGUUGUAUACUCGCAUCCUGUUGCUGAAGGACCCUCGCCCUCGACGACCCGUCUUAUCGACAAGGAUGAUCCGCGAUCCAGGCUGCACUUUGUAAAAUAUCUGAAACGCGAUGGGAAGACGCUCAAGAUCUGGGAAUGCGGUAUUUGUUCGAAAGAGUUUCGCCAUCAGUACACUCUGAUGAGACACUUGCCGACUCAUACCGACGAGAGAAACUUUAAAUGCGAGGCUUGCGGCAAGGCUUUCCGACAGUUGUCAACAUUGAGUCAGCAUAAAGCUAUACACAGCGACGCCAGACCCUAUGUGUGCGAAUUUUGCAAGAAAACAUUUAACAGAGUAUCUACAUUAAUCUCCCAUCGGAAAACGCACUCGGAGCACAAGCCGCACAAGUGUCACGUGUGCGGUAAAGGAUUUCAUCAAAAAGGCAAUUUGCGGAAUCAUGUAUUCACGCACACGAACGAGCGGCCGUACAAGUGCGAGUUGUGCGGCAAGGGCUUCAAUCAGAUGUCGAAUUUGGUCUGUCACAAGGUGAAAGCGCACGCACACGCCGACAAGAUGCAGUAUUCGUGCGGAGUCUGCGGGAAGGAGUUCCCGCGCAGGUUCGCCCUGCGCUCGCACGAGGAGUACAAGCAUGGUAUUAAGUAUCGGAGCACGAGCAACGUGCAAUCCGCCGUGAACGAGCCCAACGCCGGCAAGAGCAAGAACGUUAGGAUCAUUCAGUUGUACAACGGCGACCGGAGUCAAACGAGUGAGAGCAAAGAGAAAGAUUAUUUCGGCUCGUCGGAUUUGAUGGACAGCAUCGUGAUAAACAAAAUCGAUACGAAAGCGAUGGAAAUGGCAUUGCUCCAGGGCCAGACUCCUUUCGCCCUUUACAAACCCGCGAAAGGUAUACCGGUACUCGUUAAAAUUUCGUCCACUGCGAGCAACAAGCAUUUGUCGCACUUGGCAAUUACACAUCAUUUAUCACAGAUACUUACACCUGCGACCGCCGAGGAUUUGCGAAUGGCGGGGAAAAUAACUCUGAAUCCCACCGAGACUUCGGACGCCGACGGUAGUAAGGCGGUUCAGGUGAAGGUACCGGUGGUCGCCACUGUGAUACAGAAUAUCGGGCCCGACGGCAGGUCCAGCUUCGUCGUCGAGCCACCCGGCGCGGAGCAGGAGCAAGAUGAUCUGGUGACAGCGCUGGACUCGCAGUUCUUUCCCACCGUGCACAAUCAUCGCAGCGAGCCGGACCACCGGCAGAACGGUCCGGGCUCGACCACGUCGAUGGACGAGUGCAACGAGUUACUGGAGCUGGCCGCGCAGGGUGGAAUACAGUUUGUUCGCGCCACGGAGGACGGUCGUUACGAGGUCAUGACGAACAGCGAGGCCCGCGACUUAAUGGCGCAGAAUUCCCACGACGUAACGAUUCUUGACGGCGAACAGGCGGACGCCAUCAAUCUCGUGAAUAUACGCAAUAACGGUGAUAUCAUCAUCGGCGACAACGAUAACCAGAUCAUGGUGCUGGAAUCCGGCCAGAGGUCUGCCAGCGGCGGUAUGCCAAUGGACGGCAUCGAGAUCCUCGAGGAUAGAGACAUUAGAAUUCUCGACGCUAAAAGCCUCGACGAUCGUUUCGUGGAUGGCAUGACAUUCCUCUCCCAGACGAAAAUCGACGAUCUCCUGCUGGGUCCCAAAUCGCUGCCUAUCGAUGGCGAUGGCGCUCUCACCGGGCACGACGACGUAAUGGCAGUGACGUCGAACCAGCAGGAUCUAACGAGCAUUUUGGGUCAUCCCUCGAACCUGUCCGCCAGCUCGCAGUCCUCGUUAUCGUCUCUGUUAAUGAAGAACCAUCCGCCGUUGUCGUUGUUGAGCGAGACGUUACCGUAUCUAAAGAGCGGUCAGAGCCUCACGGAGGAUCUAAACAUUCUUGGUGUCUCCACCAUGGAGGAUCAUCACUCGGACUACGACCCGAAGAUGAAAUUGCCCUCGGUCUUCGACGAUGACUGCGACACCGGCUUAAUGCCCUUCAGCCAAUCGGACAUGAAGAUACUCGAGUCCGGAGGUCAAUCGUGUAUGAAGUCUUUCAGUGACAAGUUUUGCUUGCCACCCCCGAAGAUAUAUCCCAGCCUGAACGAGGUGAAGAUCCUGGGACCGAAGAAUCACAGUCACGACUUGAUGGCCCCGCACUAUCAAGAUACCAGAUUCCUCAGUCCUUACGAGCAGUUCCUCAAGAACACCAUGCAGAAUGCUUGCGUACCUAAUGUCGCCGACACGUCCGAGGGAUGUAAGAAGGAGGUGAAGAUACUCGGUAAAAAACUCGGCACUGGCAUUAUCACUACGACCGAGGAAGGCGACAUUGUUAAAGUUAUCGAUGACAAAUCCAAAUUCAACACGAUGGACCUCUCCGAUAACGCUCUGCAGCAGUGCCCGACCAUGUCGCCGCGACGAUUGCACCACCGGCAGCCGCCGUUGGAGAAUGACGCGGACAACUUUUUGCUUCAAGCUGGCAGUCCCUGUUCGGAUUUCCUGAAUUUCGGUAAUCGCCCAGCCGGCAAAGAUCUGUCGCCCGACGGUCACAUUGAUAGAAGUCAGAAGGACGAUCGCGGGGACAGUUUCACGUCCGGGGAAAUGCUGGAUCUGGAUUGACGAAGCGCGGCGGUAGAAAAUAAAACGGACUCUUACUUCUGGAAUUACUCGUUUUUUUUAUGUGUGUCGCGGUGCCCUCUGCGGUUCGCCUGGCAAAAGUGUUCGUGCAUUCGCUUCGAUCCUGUUCGGUGCUCACAGAGAAGUGGAAGGUAAUACGCGAAUAAGAGAUAAUUAAAUUAUGCAAAAUGAGAAUGGAGGUAUGUCUUUUGGCAAUUUUAUAGUUUUCCGUUUUGCACAAAAUUUGCAUCGGCCUUAAGUACGAGUAGAUCGAAUUUUUAUUUACGUAUUUUUACCCGCAAAUUUUUGUUGCUAAAUAAUAAGUGGUACCACGUGAAAAAAUUAUGCUGCCUGAUAUUUUUGAGGGUAUGCAACGAUUGACUUGCGACCGAUGGCUAAAAUAGUUACAUUUCUAAUAAACCUCGUGAUCUCAUAAUCGAGACAUGUGUAGGGUCGAACACACGGCUGAUCAUCGAUUACGAAUCAACGUGUUCGCAGACUAAGUCAUUCGUUACUUCGGCUAAGUAAAAUAUAUUUGUCGAAGAAAAAAAGAAUAAUAUAUAAUCUUACCAAUAAGUCGCGGAUAAGUUUUCUUUCUUAUGGAGUAUGUUUGUAAAUUGAAAUAUUCACAGUAUCUCACAUAUUUAAUAAUUUCAUUGAUCUUUAUAUACGAAUAGCAGUUCUUGAAUUAAGCCGAUAUUGCUACUUACGAGUUUUCUACACCGAUUUACGUAUAAUAUGAUUGUAUAAAUCUGUCCAGUAUUUUAUAUUCAGAUAUUUGAAUGUUAAAGAAUAAAGUAUAAAUGAAA